CUUUUUUUGUCAAAAUGUAAUUUUGAUUAAAAAUUAGUUUUAAUUGGAUUUUAAUUAAUCUUUUUCUAAAAAGGCCAUCAAAAGCUGUUAAUGAAAUAAUUUAAACUGCUUUAAUAGGAUAUUUCAAAUGAAUAAGAUGCAGAUUUUUUGAUUUCUUUAAUUGAGAAAGAUGAGAAAAACGAUUUGGACUUAGAAUUGGUAGGAAAGUAUCUUAAAAAAUAAAUUUUUAUAAGAAAUCUUUCAUAUUAAUUACCUAGCUAGAUUAUGAAAAAAAUGUAUUCAGGGUUUAAGAUACAAACUUUCAAGUAGCACGAGUUAAUUUAUGAGCAAGGCAAUAUUAGCGACACCAUUUAUAUUUGUUUGAAAGGAUAAAUUGAUUCAUAUGUAUAAAAAAAUAACCUGAAUAUAGAUCAAGAAGAUAAAGAAGGAAUUAAAUAGGAAAAUAAUGAAAAUCUUUUAAAAAGCACAUAAUAUUAUUAUGAAGAUAAAGAAAUAGCCAAAUUGAUUAAUGACCCUGAACUUUUAUAGCGAUUUAAGCUUAAGCGUGAAGAAAAAUUAGAUAGAUAAGUUAGAUAUAUGAUGAGGGAAAGAGCAAAAAACUUAGAAGAAUAAAGAAAAAAAGAGUAGGAGAAAAUAUAAUUUGAUAUUCAAAGAAUGGAAAAUAGAUAAAAAGUAAUACAAUAAAUUAUAGAGAGUAAUAGAAGAGCUAAUAAUUUUUCUAACAUAGGUAGAACUUUAAAUCCUAAACUCAAUAAAAGAGAAAGUCCCUCUUAAAAGCUCAAACAAACAAAUUAAAUUUUACCUAAAAUAGAAUUAACAAAUUCAAAAUAAUAGAACAAGUCGCCAUUAAAAGAUAAUAAUCCGACUUCUCCUGCUUUAAGCUACUAAGGGGAAAAUAAUUUACUUCUCAAAAGGUAUUAUUGGAAGCAGUAAACUAAUAGAGAAAGCAGUAUUAAAAAGAAAGAUUAAAAAAGCGAAUAGUCACUUUUUGAUGAAACUCUUAACUCGUUUUCUGAAUCUAAGUUUGGAGGAUUCAAUAAAGGUAGUCUUAUUUUCAGCUCUAUUAAUAAAAUAAAGCAGAAAAAUAAAAGUAAAGACCCUUUCGAUGAUUCUAAUUUUCAGCAGUAACAACUUAUUAUUGAAGAAGAUGACGGAAAUUAAAAUAAUAAUUAGAAUGAAAAUGAUGACUCUAUUGGUGCAAAUAGUAUAGGAGACUUAGAGAGUCCAUCCAAUUUUAAAGUGAAUAACUAAUAUAAUAAAUCUUUACUAAUAAAAGAUUUUGAUAUAAACUAAUCCUUUAAAGGAAAGAGUCUAAACUCAUUUUUUUGCAAUCUAGAUAAAGUAAGCGAAUAUAAACCAGGUGAUAUGUUUGGAAGUGAAAUGCUUGAAAAUAAGCAUGAGAGAUCUUCUUUUGCUAUUGUGAAUUCAGUUGAGGCUAAAUUAGCAAUAUUAGACAAAACCUUUUUUGAGGAGAUUUUAAUGCUUUAUCACGAAGAGAAGCUAAUCAAUGAAAUUAAAUUUUUUUAAAACAAUUGCCUCUUUAGCAAAUUUGAUGAAUCUGAAAUUGAAUAAAUACUGCUUAAGCUUGAGUCAGUAAGUUUCAAAAAAGAUUCAAUUAUAUACAAGGAAGAUGAUCCAUCAGAUAGAAUUUACUUAGUAAAGGAAGGAGAAAUAGAAAUUGAUCAUAUUAUAGAAACAGAAAAGAAAUUUGAAGAUUACCCUUUUAUUAAUCAGUAAUUCCAUCAAAGAAGAUAAAAGAUUGCUAUCAUAGGUCCAGGGUAGAUCUUUGGAGAGUCAGAGAUUUUAAAAGACAUAAAAAGAAUUACUAGAGCAAUAACCAUUAGCACAACAAAUAUAUUUUAUGUUUUUGAUAGCAAUUAAAUCAAAUUCCUUCUUGAUAAUUCAGAUCUUAAAGAGAACCUUAACUAAGCAAGAUAAAAUAAAUCGAGUUGGAGAUAGUCAAGGUUUAGAAAGAUACAAAUUGCAACAAAAAACCACCAUGAGCAAGUAAAAAAAAUAUUAGAAAAUUCUCAAACUUAAGCUUAAAUAGAACCUCUUAGUCCAACAAAGCAAAAUACAAAGAAUCAUCACAUCAAUAAAAAAAAUAGCGAAAAAGAAUUUUAGAAUAAAUUGGAAUAAAUAGAAAAAAUAAGCAGUAAUUAGUUGAAAUCUUUACCUAGUAAUCAUUUAAUAAAUUUCCAAAUAAGCUCAGAAAAAAAGAUUUACACUUAAAAUAGCAGUAAAGAAGAAAAAUAAUUUUAUUAGGAUCCUUAUGCUUUUUAAAAUCCUUUCUAAAAAUACUAAACAAGAAACUAGUCAUUCAGCUACUCCUAAAAUAAUAAUAAUCAUAAUAAUAGUAUUAGUAGCUUCUAACAUCAUAUAUCUAAUCCUAUUUAAUCUCCUUAAUCUGCUGAGUUCGUUGCAUCAUUAAAUUAAUCCCCUAAAUCACUUUUACCUUAGAAUUUAGAUAAAAUUAAAUCAUACGAAUUUUAUAAUUUUCCAACUCAAAAACAUCAAUAAGAAAAAUAUUUAAAAACUGAUUUUACAUCAAAAUCAAUAAGCGCUUCUUCUGAAAGAAACAAUUCGUAUCAUAGCAGUAUACAUCAAGUUUAACACUUUGAAUAAAAUUAAUAUAAAAUAGAAUCUUAUAACCCUUAGAUUAGUGAUUCUUAUCUCACAUUAAAUCCCAAACCUUUUAACCCAUUGAUAAGUUAAAGUUAAGAACGUAAUCAAAGUUAGCUCUCUACUUUAAUCAGUACAAACCGCUAAACUAGAUCCUCUAUUAAUUCCCCUAAUGUAUAUACUUUAGAUAGUAAAAGACAUAAAUUUUCCAUAAAUCCUCUUUAAUAUUAUGGUGAAAAUGACUUAAAUGAAGCAGAAACCAACUCUGUAAAAUAACCCAAUUUUAAUGAUAUUGAUACACUAACUCCUAUCAUAAAAAAAUCUAAAAUCUUAGAUUCCCUCAGUAAAGCAUUUAAAAAAUAGCAAAACUGCACCACCAAUUCUCCCAUCAGAGGAGACAGAAGGAAAAUUAAAACAAUUUUUAUUUAUGAGAAUGAACCUUUGCAAUAGCUUUAUAUGAACUGUAAAUACAACCACAAAAAAUAUGCAAUUUCAAGAAAGUCGAAGAGGUCCUCUUCUAUAAAUACUUCAUAUUCUAAAAGAAGAACAGAUUUUGGUGAAAUUGAAAAUGCUAACAAUUAAGAAAAUAACAAAAAAGAUAAGAUAAACUAAGUAAUCCCAGUUAAUUAAAACAGGAAUAUCUAAAAUACCAACUCAGUAGUGGAUUAAAAAGAAUAAGUUGAUAAUAGUUAAUUAAAAGAGUUCAUUUAAAAAAAUACUUUAGCUUAAAUAGGAUUAUUUAAUGAGGAACCAAAUAUUAAAUUAAAUACAAACAUACAAUAAAAGCUAAUUUAAGAAUCUACUUCAAAGUACAGACUUAAAGCUAUGAAGCAAAUACUUGAAAGUUCGCAUUAAAUAUAAAAUUUAAAUUAUUUAUAUAAAUAUUCUAAAUUUUUAAAAUAUAACGAGACUAUAUUGCCUCAAAAAUAAAACAAAAAAAUCAAUAUAGUAGAAAAAAAAUGAACAAAAAAAUUGCUUUCUAAAAUUAAAUAAAUUAUAAAUAAUAAAAAGAUCUUUAAUUUUAAUAAGAAUAAAAGUAAUAUUAUAAAAACUAAUAAUGAUUAUGACAACUUACUUUGCUUAUUUAAAUAAUUUAAGCAACAAACUAAUAUAUAAAAAAUUCAAAUGUUCAUAAAAAUUAAAUAUUAUAUUUAUAAUCAAUGUUAAUUUUCAUAUCUUUGAUUUCUUAGCGUGUUUCAAUAGCAUUUCAAUUUUAAACUAAAAGUCGUUGAUUUUAUUAUCAUAUUUCAACAAUUUUUUUA